UGGGGUGUAAACUGUGGUACUCCAGUGCAGUGGAAUGGCUCUUGGAGACUCAUGUAUAUCAAACGUCCACAUCUUCUGUUUGUUGGUGUUUACAUAAGCAAGACUUCUUAUGUUAGGGAAGGAGAAAAGAAUCUGGAUUUGUGUUAUCGUCCUUAUCAUGUUGUGCAGUACUAUCGCUAUAUGAGGUUUUAUGUCGAUGGGACAGUAUUAAUUUACACCAGUGCAGAUGAACCAGUCACUGCCAUUGCACGGCUAAAACUCAAGCAUGGCAAUAGUUCAUCUGUGUCUGUUGGCCACUACAGAUUAUCUGGAGACAAGGUCAUCAUCAUUAUCAACAAGAAAGUUACCUCUGACAGUUACAACCAAACCAGAGGUCGGCGAAUGAGACUGCCCCCACCCCCCAUCCUGAAACAAGUAUUUCACAUGGAAUUUCAAAUCAACAGUGUUGGACGCCGUCACCAUAAUCAGCUUACAUGGUUGCAUUACAGUGUCAAUACAACAUACAGGUCAACUGGCCAAACAGUGGACUCACAGUUCGACUUAAACAACCAGUUUCCGCCACUGUAUUUUUCUCCAGUGCGGAGUUUCAGUAAUAACGCCACAGCUCCCUUAGAGUAGAAGGCUACAAAUUGCGUAAGCUGGCAGAAUGAUGGAGGAAGUUUGUCACUUCCUGUGAAGAGUGUACUGAGUGUUUUCAGUACAUGCUGAGAAUUGUUACUACAUUGAGGGCAUAGCCUCCAGUAUGUCUUUGCUAACAAGGUGUUGCUUAGAAUGCACUCAUAGACCUCUGUAGGUGAUAUUUAACCGUUGCUCUUAGAUGUGGAGGUAAAUAUCCACCACUUUUACCAACAGUGAGGUGAAAAAAUUAAUUGUUUUAGCUUUGACCACACUGAACUAAAAAAUGUUCAUUAUCUCUGUUGACGUACACAAAAAAUGGUUGGUAAAAAAGAAAGGUUUGUAGUGACCAAAACCUUGAGCGAUAAUUUUGUCCCCUUGUAUUGAUUUAUUUGAUUAGGAAUCACAACAGGCAACAAUCAAUUAAUUUAUUCAUGUAAAACAAUAUUAUAAUUAUGCCUUGGAUGAUUAAUGUUUUCAUUUACUUUAAUGCUACUAGAGUAUAGGUGUAGGUUGUGCGUUUAUGUUAGGAAGAAUUCACACUUCAAUUAAUGACAUAUUUAUGAAUAAAACAUCAACCUUGUAGUAACUGGAUGGACUAGUAAAUAACUAAAAUGUCUA